AUGCUUCAAUCUCUGACUCUCAUUCCCAAAAUGGCGAAGAACCCACCUCUCAAAGCUCUUUCCCUGUUCAACUCUUCAAUCCUCCAAGGUCUUCAACACACCCCUGAAUCCAUAUCCUUCACUCUACACAUUCUUCUUUCUUCCAACUUGCGCUUUCAUUCUCAGUCCCUUCUCCUCCAAAUUAUCUCUGGUAGAAUCUCCUCCCCUUUCUUCACUCCGUCGUCUCUAUUCCACUAUUUAACUCAACACUGUUUUAGUCCCAACUCGAUGAAUCAAAUCCGUCUGUACGAAUCCAUUAUCAACGCCCAUGUUCAAUCCCAGUUACCUGAUCAAGCCAUUUAUUAUUUCAAUCAAAUGGUAGACAAAAACUUUAUGGUUGGACCCAAUACUUUCAAUGGCAUAAUGGAUUUCCUUAUAAAAUUUUAUUGUUUUGAGAAAGCUUGGACCCUAUUUCAAGAAUCCAAGGGUAGGGUUAAGUUGGAUGUUUAUAGUUUUGGGAUACUGAUCAAAGGGUGUUGCGAGGCAGGGGAUUUAGGCAAAAGUUUUGAGCUUUUAGAUCAGAUUGAAGAGUUGGGUUUGGCUCCAAAUGUUGUUAUAUAUACUACUUUGAUUGAUGGGUGCUGUAAAAAUGGUGACUUGGAGGAGGCAAAGCUGUUGUUUGCCAAAAUGGAGGAGAUUGGUUUGGUUCCUAAUGAGUAUACAUACACGGUUUUAAUCAAUGGGUUGUUUAAAAGGGGACUUGAAAAUGAUGGGUUAGAGCUAUAUGAGAAGAUGCAGCGUAAAGGGGUAAUUCCUAGUUUAUAUACUUACAAUUCAGUGAUGAAAGAGUAUUGCAGUGAGGGAAAAGUAGAUAAAGCUUUCGAGAUGUUCGAUGAAAUGCGUGAAAGAGGAGUAGCAUGUAAUGUUGUUACGUACAAUAUAUUGAUUGGUGGGUUGUGUAGAGAGAAAAGGUUAAGGGAGGCUGAAAAAUUAGUGGAUCAAAUGAAGAGGACUGGUUUAAGUCCGAAUUUGAUUACAUAUAAUUCGCUCAUAGAUGGUUUUUGUAAUGUUGGAAAGUUGGAGAAGGCUAGGUAUUUAUUUGGUCAAUUGAAAACCAAGGGUCAAUCUCCAUCUUUGGUGACUUAUAACAUUCUUAUUUCGGCAUCCUCUAGAGCGAAAGACUCGACAGCAAUUGCUAAAUUGGUGAAGGAAAUGGAGGAGAGAGGGAUAAGACCUUCUAAAGUAACGUAUACAAUUGUAAUUGAUGCAUUCUUUAGAUCAGAAAACACAGAGAAAGCAUUUGAAUUAUAUUCGUUCAUGCAGAAGGCCAGUUUGGUUCCGGAUGUUUACACGUACGGUGUCUUGAUCCACGGGUUGUGCAUAAAGGGAAACAUGAAGGAUGCAUGGAAACUAUUUACAUCAAUGGAUGAAAUGCAGUUGAAGCCUAAUGAUGUGAUAUACAACACGAUGAUUCACGGGUAUUGCAAACAAGGUAGCUCCUAUAGAGCCCUGAGGCUGCUUCAAGAAAUGAGAGAGAAAAGGCUCGUUCCUAAUGUAGCUAGCUACAACUCUACUAUUGGAGUUCUUUGCAAGGAUGGGAAAUGGCAAGAGGCUGAGGCCUUAGUGACUGAGAUGGUUGAAUCACGUUUUAAACCUACAGUCUCCAUAUAUAAUCUAAUCUCUGAAACCAAAAACAAUACAUAGUUGAAGGUUUCUAGCACACAAUUAAGUAAAAUGUGGAUGCCUGAUGGCUUAAAUUGAUAAAACUGAGCUUUCAUUGUGUGAAGGAAGAUAAGAGAAACUCCUGGAUGUGAUAUAUUUUGAAGGAAAAGGAAAUGCAGGAUGCUGUGAAUAAAGUGAGACCAAAAAUUAUAGCUCAAUGGCUACCAGUUCUGAAGGAGGAGACAUGAGAUAUACAAGCAGUUCAUUCAGGGGUAUUUGCUCCAUUUCUUUGUAAGCUUCAACCACUUUCUCUAUUAACUGUUCAUUAACUCCAUUGUUGUUGAAAAGAUCCUCUAGAUUGAUUGGUUGAUGA